AUGGGUCUUUGGGCAUGGACACUAAACUAAAUGUUAACACCAAAAUUUUGGACUUUAGUGAGAAGAGAAGGAUUCUGGUAAACAUACAUCAGAAUGCACAGAGCAUAAUCUAGAUCCAGUCAUUAUGCUGGAGGAUAGAAUGGACCGAUAUAAUGUGUAGGACAAGAUUAAUUUGGCAAUAAAUACUACGAAGAUUUUGAUGUCACACAUCGUAAUCAAAGAAGGUGGGUAGAAUAUAAUGACUACUUUAAUCCAUGGCAUACUCUUGGGGAUAGAGUCCCUCCUAUUUGGCAUGGUUGGAUGGCUCAUGUAUAUGAUGAAGCCCCAACUAGAACAGGUCAUUCACAUUUCGUUCAGCCAUUCUACUAAAAGCCAGCUACAGACAAUUAAUCUCCUACUCCAAAUCACUACUUUCCACAAGGAGCCAUGUAGAGUUUGAAUAGAUUGGAAUUCAUAAAGUAUCACAGAAAUAGAAGAGCAGCUCCAUUUGAACCAGGAUAAGCCUCAGGAUUUGAAGGAAAAAAACUAGUUGUUGAAAAAUAAACAUAUUCAGAGGAUGUAAUGGCUAGCAGAGAAUGAUUUAUUCAAAAGAAUAUUACAAAGUAAUUAAUUUUACAAAUUAUAUUAAA